CGACGCGUUGAGAGAGCCCUGGGAUCACCUGGGAUCCGCUGGGAGGAGGAAGAGAAGCGCGCGGUGCCGACUCUCGUCGUUUCUGCCGAUCCUCGCCGACCGCUCGUGCCCUCGCGGCGACAUCGGCGUCUACCCGGGGGAGAUCACCGGCGAACCGAGCGUCCGUUUCCGCGUGAGACGCGACCGGCCGUCGGGAUUUCCGGCUGUUGUUGGCGGUGCUGCGGCUCGACCGCGGCGGCCGGACGAGCGCGGCAGGUUAACCGAGACGACGCGCGUCGGGAUACGGCGCUCCAGGUCGGAUAGUACGCGAGCUCGCUAGCUGGGAACGAGGAUGAACACGCCGCAGUCGAACAAGAAGAGCAAGAAGAUAGGGAGGAGCAGAAUGGGUGUCCUCAACGAGAGCGCGAGUCCCACGAACGCGGAGACGCUCAGCAGCCAGGAGGCGACCAAGUUUGUUUUGGUAAACCCCAUAGGAGAAGAUGGAAAUAAGUCAAUUAAGCUGGCUAUCUCGGAUGCAAUUCCCAUAAUUUCCAUGGAUGCGAGUAUGUCCGAUGAGAAGGUGCAGAAAAGUAACGCGGCGUCACAGGAAAAGGAGAAGGAAGACAAGAACAUUCUCAACUCUUUACCUAUUGCCACAGUUAAGGAAAUAGAAGGCUACGAGGGUCAACUAGGAGUAGCUGAGUCACUUCCGAAUUCUUAUAUUAGAUUUAUGGAGCGCAGCGGCGAGGAGCUAGAUGGAGAGGUAGAAUAUGAUUUAGAUGAGGAAGACACCGCGUGGCUAUCUAUUGUGAAUGAAAGAAGACUGGCUUCUGGAUUAACGCCCGCAUUAGAGCCUGAUACGUUUGAGCUGUUGAUGGACAGACUGGAGAAAGAGUCGUAUUUCCAGCAGCAAAGUAACGGCGGCGGUGGCGUUGCCGCGGACGAAGACGCCGUCUGUUGCAUUUGCAUGGACGGAGAAUGUCAGAACAGUAAUGCAAUCCUGUUUUGCGACAUGUGCAAUCUGGCUGUUCAUCAAGAUUGUUACGGUGUACCAUACAUACCCGAGGGCCAAUGGUUGUGCAGAAGGUGUCUACAGAGUCCGUCCAGAGCGGUAGAUUGUGUCCUUUGUCCGAACAGGGGUGGCGCCUUCAAACAGACUGAUCGCCCCGCGACAUGGGCUCACGUAGUAUGCGCUCUAUGGAUACCAGAAGUGAGAUUCGCUAACACGGUGUUUUUGGAGCCCAUCGACAGUAUAGAAAGCAUACCGCAGGCUCGUUGGAAGCUCACGUGCUGCGUGUGCAAGCGCAAGGGAGCCGGCGCGUGUAUUCAGUGUCACAAGAGCAAUUGUUACGCGGCAUUCCAUGUGACUUGUGCUCAACAAGCUGGCCUGUGUAUGCGUAUGAGAACGGUGCAGCCUGCCAACGGUGAGCCGAUGCUGGUGCAAAAGACAGCUUAUUGCGAAACACAUACACCUAUCGAUUAUCAGCCGUCCACGAAUCCUGUGGACGCGCGAAGGAGAGCGAUAGCAAACAAGAAAAGUUCCUCAGCGCCUGUUAUUUCCAUUCCCACCAUACCACCUGAAAGGAUCAGAGAAAUUGCCAGUUUGGCGGAAGGAAUACCAAAGAGAAGUCAAUUGAUACAACGUCUCAUUGCCUAUUGGACACUGAAGCGGCAAUACAGAAAUGGCGUUCCACUUCUCAGAAGAUUGCAAAGUUCCCAUCCACAAUCUAGACCACCCCCGCUCGGAGACCAUCCCUCUUUGCCUACGCAUGAUAGUGAAGUGCCAGUGGAAAUGUUUCAUCAGCUUAAAUUCUGGCAGAGUCUACGCCAAGAUUUAGAACGCGCGCGAUUGCUAUGUGAAUUAGUACGAAAGCGUGAAAAAUUGAAGAAAGAACUAUUCAAAGUGAAGGAAAAGUCUUUAUGGCUCCAAUUGCGGCCAUUGGAAAGUGUUUUGCGUGCAUUGCUAGAAGCUAUAAAAGCAAAAGACGUAAAUGAUGUAUUUGGACAACCAGUUAACAUCAAAGAAGUUCCAGAUUACCUUGAUAUAGUCUCACAUCCUAUGGAUCUCUCUACAAUGCAGACAAAAUUAGAAAAGCAAGACUAUGACUCCAUUGGAACUUUUGAGUCUGAUUUCAAUUUAAUGGUGAACAAUUGUCUGGCAUAUAAUCGCAAAGAUACAAUGUUUUAUCGAGCAGGAAUGAAAAUGAAGGAACAAGGUGGAAUUUUGAUAGAACAGAUUCGCAAAGAUUAUCCUGAGCUUGAUCCAGUCUCUGAAUCCGACCAAGUCGGCUCUAAAUCUAGAAAGAGAGAAAGAUCGAAUCGCAAUCGCGUGGAAACGGAAGCGCAGUCGAAUGAGAAGGAAAUUGGUGGAGGUGGUGUAAAUAGAAGAACAGCGGUGUUGUUCACUCGUAAAGCUAGAGCGCGUAAUGCUAAAAGUGGCCAAAUGUUUCUUCCAGAGGAGGAUAAAAAGAAGCAAAGUGAUAGUUUUAAAAUAUAUCGGAGUGGCGCACUGGAUAGCGAUAUAGGUGAGGGAGAAAGCCAAUCGUCGAGCUGUAGUAGUUGCCCCACGAGUAGAUCCACUACUCCUGAUUUAGAAGAAGAGAAGCAACGACAAGAGAUUGCUGAUACAAAAAAAGAAACCGAAAGCAAGCAAACGAGUGCUGGUAGCGGUUUAGAAGCUUUGCAACUCGUAUGGGCUAAGUGCCGUGGAUAUCCUUGGUAUCCAGCCCUUAUCAUUGAUCCUAGUACACCCCGAGGUACUAUACAUAAAGGAGUACCGAUUCCAGCACCGCCUGACGAUGUUCUGGCGCUUGCAGACAAUUAUAAAGAGCCGGUCUUUCUUGUGCUUUUCUUUGACACAAAACGCACAUGGCAAUGGCUACCAGGUGAGAAAUUAGAAAAACUUGGAGUAUCGCAGGAAGUUGACGAAGCAAAAUUGAUCGAAUCGCGUAAACCUGCGGAUAGAAAAGCCGUGAAGAAAGCUUAUCAAGAAGCUUUACAUUAUCGUAAACAAACACAUAACGCAGUAUUAGACAAUACGUCAACUGGAUAAGCGUUGUAAAUAUAAAAUAUAGUAUUGUAGAACGUGUAAGCCAUCUGAAAAGCUUUUACUUAAAUAAUUAUAAAACAUAAAAUAAAAUAUAUAAUUAAAUAUGCACAUAUACAAAAUAUGUAAUCUAAAAAAACAGUGAAUAAUUUCAGUCAUUGAUUAAAUAUUGAAAUAAUUUUGCUAGAUAAUAUCAAGAUGUAAUUGAAAGUUUCACACUACAAUGUUACACGAUAUUUUAAACUGUAAUUGGUUACAAUUGUGCGGUUAUCUUCAAAAAAUUAAAAUUGACACUUAAUGUAAGUUUCAAAAAGUCUUUUCUAUUUCUAACACAUGUAUUACAUUCUACAAUAGAUAAUAUUUAAUUUAAAAUAAGAAGAUAAUAAUACAAUUGUAAUUGAUAUAUGUAUAUGUGGUUU